UGCCUGCACUUCAUUCAUCUUGGAAGCCAGAGAACAACCCUUAACCCCCAGUUAAGUCUCUGCAAAUACGUGAUUGGGUUGGGGAUGAAGACAGAAAAGUCAGGAUGAAAGUGCUAAGUACCACUGCCAAACAAGAUUUUAUGUUUCUUCUUUUUAUUCAAAUUUAGAUUGAAAACUGCAGGUAGAAGGAGGCUCUGCUCUUAGAGAGGAUGUAUCCCACUAAAGUUUCACACAACUGCGAGAGAGAUUUACUUUUAAGCAUUAGUGUUAAGAAUUUCUUUCCUGUUUUCUUUAGUUAAGAACCUUUUUCUCUGUACUUUAUAAAAAGUGUGAGAUGUUUUAGUAAUCUAGUACAAUUUAUCUACAGAAUGUUGGUACCAAUAGUAUAUUUGUGUUGUCUAGUGUCUUACCAAUACUUUUACCAGGUAAUAGUAAGAGAUACCAUCCUACUUAGAAGGGUCUGAUGUGGAGAAAAUAUUUCCUUUUUCCUGAAAAGGAACAUGAAUUAUGUAUACAUUAAGCCCUGCCCUUUUUUGGCUCCCCGCCCAGCCACCAGCUACAAAGGAGCAGGAACAGCAAAAGGGCCUGAGCACACGUGAACAUCUCUGUCUGACAGUACCAGAUGCCCUUGUGUUACUAAUUGUCCAGCAAAGAGAAAUCUCACCAUCAUACUUGGACAGGAAGGACUGGGAGAACGCUGACAUCCAGGAUUCUACCAAGGUCGUGAUGCAAGAAGGAUUCACAGAAGAGCUCCACAGCAGCCGACCAUGUGAGAGCAACCUAAAUGAGCAUGCUGGACUACUGGUUAACAGAAGCAGAAAAACAAUGGUGACAGGAGGUGGAGGCUACCUGGGAUACAAUCUGGGAUGUGCUCUUGUUAGGUCAGGAAUUGCUGUUGUUCUGUUUGAUGUACGGAAACCUAAAUGGGAAAUGCCAAAUGGAGCAGAUUUUUUCAAGGGUGAUGUGAGGGAUUACGAUGCAGUGUUCACAGCAUGUGAAGGGGUUGACUGUGUUUUUCAUGUGGCUGCAUGUGGCAUGUCAGGAUUAGAACAACUUCAAAAGAAAGAUCAGAUUGAAUCCAUAAAUGUGGGAGGCACAAAAAUAAUAAUUGAUGUCUGCAAACAAAGAAAUAUCCCUAGACUGAUAUAUACCAGUACAGUGAACGUGGUAUUUGGAGGGAAUCCUAUUGAAGAAGGAGAUGAAGAAACUGUGCCAUAUUUUCCACUGGAAAAGCAAUUUAAUCAUUAUUCUAGGACAAAGGCAAUUGCAGACCAAAUCGUUCUUGCUGCUAAUGGAACUUUACUCAAAGGAGGGGAUAAGCUCCAUACUUGUGUGCUGCGUCCACCAGGCAUAUAUGGACCAGACGAGCAGCGCCAUCUGCCACGAGUAGCCGUAAAUAUCCAGCGGAGAUUAUUUAACUUCAAGUUUGGGAAUCACAAAGUUCAGAUGAACUGGGUUCACAUAGGAAAUCUAGUACAAGCUCACUUACUAGCUGCUGAGGCUCUCACCUCUGAGAAGGGAUAUAUAGCCAGUGGCCAGGCAUAUUACGUACAUGAUGGUGAAAAUGUUGUAUUUUCUGAAUGGAUAGUCCCUUUAUUUGAAAAAUUAGGCUACAGAAAACCCUGGAUACAUAUUCCCAUUCUCCUCGUUCAUAUAGCAGCCACUGUGAUGGAGUAUCUGCACGUGAUACUAAAGCCUGUUUUUAGCUUUACACCUUUCUUGACAAGGAAUGAGGUGUGGAACGUUACUGUAACUCACACUUUCCGAAUAGACAAAGCACGAAAUCAGCUGGGUUACAAACCAGAGAAAUUCUCAUUCGCUGAUUCUGUGGAUCAUUAUAUUAAAACAAGACCUACUUGCCAAGAAGAUCACUUGCUCCUUAAAAUGCUGUUUGCUUUUGUCAUUUUAAGUUUGAUCAUUCUUUCUUUCUUCUAAAAUUGAAUAACCUGUUCCAGAAAACCUAAUUUUGUUUCCGAGUAUUAAUGAUCUGGUCGUAGUACAUUCCUCAGUCAUUAUGGACUUUAUUAUGCUUAAGAUGACACCAACCCCACAAAAGUGAAAAUACAGGACACAUCAGGAAAUGUUGCCAAAGAACAACACAGUGUCACAAAAUCCAAGGAGUUCACCGCUAUUGGGUGCAGGAAUUGUUUUAAUGGAUUUUCAUUAAUUGAUUGUGCUGAGAAUGAUUUUUCUGAAAAUGAUAAUUCUGGAGGGUAAGAAAUUGGAAGAAGAGGAACCAUUGUGGGACUGCAGUGCUGUAACAAGUCCGGUAGCGCCGAUGAAGAGAAGGUUGACUGAACUCCUCUGACGAAGCCGCUGCUACAGCUACUGUCUGUUAGUAUGAGGAAUUAUGAAGACCUGGGAAAUAGUAUGAACAAUAUGAGAAGUAAAUAUUUAUAAAUGACAGGUGGUGAGAGGAC